AUGUCAUCAUGUGUCAAUACACUUGACCUUGAUAAACGAACAUUAAAGGCAAAAACAUGGAUUGAUACACGAGGACUAGGUCCAAACGAUGGAGGCAUGCUUACCAUUCGCAUUACACGUUUCCGUAUCAAUGGCAAUCCACCAACCCUCAGUCUCACAAGUCUCCCGGAUUCAGAGUUCUGUGACAAAUACCAAAAUAGUUGUCAUCCUCUGGGGAAACCACCAAUUUGCAACCUGCAAUCCGACACACUGGACCAAAAUCGCCCCCUUCCGGAAAUACCAACGAUAUUCAGCUUACACUCCGACACGCUGGACAAGGAGCUGGCAACCUUGCACUAUCCCACACCACUCGGGCUCUUUCAUGAGCAGCUGAUGCUUGAUAUUGUCCACCAGUGGAAGUCAUUCUUCGAUGAUCAUGAUGCAUGGGGCUCGUCACUGCUGCUAUAUAAGACAUUGUGCAAUGCACUUCUUCGGGUUGCUGCUCUGGAUUUUGAUAUCUCUGAUGAUCUCCCUUCCUCCUGCCAUGAUUUACCUACCUCGCACAUUGCUUGUCCUGGGUGGAAAGCAAAUCCUGCAAAUAUCUUCUGGUAUCACCAACUUCUGAUCGUGCUGUGUCCCGACGCAGCAGAUGAGCAGGCAGGAACACAAGCAUUACAAGCUGCAAAAGUAUACUUGAAAGGCACCUCGGGAAAAGUCAUCCUAUUCUCCCUUCCGAGUAUUGUGGUUGUAACCAUAAACUCAUUACACGUUCAAUGCUCCAAGCCAUUUCCGCUGCUAAUAUCAUUUCAAGACACUGAAUUUGAUCAUUCAAGGGCAUUUGACACAAUGACAGAUGGUCUGCACCUCCUGAAGAAUAUUUUUACAUCGGUUCACUGGAGAGCAAACAAGCAGCUUAUGUUUAAAUACUAUCCGUUUCCUAUUGAGCUUUGGGAGAAGAUAUAUCAGUAUGUGGAUCGUGGCACAAGGAGAAAGUUUGCACAAGCAGCACCAUUGUUUGAACAAAUUUAUCAUUCUCAAGUCCCAGAAUUACAGGGUCUCAGGGUGAUUUCAUUGCCCAUUCACGAGUGGGAUACCAAAUAG